AUGGUCACAGAUCCUAGUAAUAGUAAAAGAGAAGUAGUUGGAAGUCUGCUAUAUCUUGCUACCAUAUCACGUCCAGAUAUAAGUUUCGCAGUCAAUUACGUAAGUCGCUUUACCAAAAAGCCAAUGAGAAGUCACUGGGCAAUGGUAAAACGUAUCUUCCAAUAUAUAAAAGAGACAACAAAAUUUGGAAUAAGUUUUAAUGGAGAUAAGAAUCUGUCUGUGUAUAGUGACUGCGAUUAUGGUGGAGAUACAGAAACUGGACAGUCCACUAGUGGAGUUAUCCUACUACGUGGAGGCCCUAUAGUUUGGCUAACUCAAAAACCAAAUACAGUAUCAAAUUCCACCGCUAAAGCUGAGUAUCGAGCAGCAGUAUUAGCCAUAGAUGAAGUCUGUUGGAUACGAAGAUUAGCUCAAGAAUUAAAACAAUUAUACACAAGCAAACCUACACCACACUAUAUUGACAAUCAUAGUCUGCUAUUCACAUACUGA